CGUGCUCUCUCUCUCUCUCUCUCUCUCUCUCUCUCUCUCUCUCUCUCUCUCUCGCGGUGCAGAUCCCGACAAGAUGCAAAAAGAGAGCAACAAGUAUGUGCUGUACUUCAUCUAUUUGGCACUUGUCGCACUUGGAGCCUCUUAUGCAGAGGUGGCAUUCUGGAUGCAAACAAGCGAUCGGCAGUCAUUGAGGCUUCGAGAAGCGUACCUGAGGUCACUGCUGAAGCAGGAAGUGGGGUACUUCGACACGCAGACAGGCACCGGAGAGAUCAUAAGCCGCAUGUGGGGAGAUGCGGUUCUUGUCCAAGAUGCAAUUGGGGAGAAGUUCGGGGUGUUUCUACAGUUUUUGUCAUUGUUUGCAGCAGGCUUUUGUGUUGGGUUUUCAGGAGUCUGGGAACUGGCCCUCAUCACACUUGUUGUGAUACCUGCACUGGCAGUAGCUGGAGGAUCCUAUGUGUAUGUCCUCUCUGGGCUUAACGCAAAGGCUCAGCAAGCUUACACAGGGGCAGGACAGGUUGCCCUGCAGACUCUGUCUUCCAUUCGAACUGUCUAUUCCUUUGUGGGAGAGGACAAGGCGCUCGAUGCAUACUCCAAAGCCCUUGAGAAAACUCUUGCCCUCGGCGUGAAGGGUGGCUUCACCAAGGGAGUCAAUAUAGGGGUGACGUAUGCAAUCAUGUUCAGCUCAUGGGCACUCAAUUUCUGGUACGCUGGGCGGUUGGUAGCAAAGAGAAAGGCGACACCUGGCGAGGCGAUGACGACAAUGUUUAGUGUGCUUUUUGGAGGCAUGGCUCUGGGUCAGGCCAUGCCUUACAUAUCCUACUUUGCGAAAGGACGUGCGGCAGGAUAUAAGAUCUUUCAGGCGAUCAAGCGGGAGCCUAUGAUACACUCUGAUGGCUCUGGGAGAGAACUACAGAAGCUUCGGGGAGAAAUCCAGAUGAUUGAUGUUGCGUUCCGCUAUCCCGCUCGGCCUGAUGUGCUAGUAUUCCGAAAUUUCUCGUUGACCAUUCCCGCCGGUAAAGUGGUUGCCUUAGUUGGUCCUAGUGGGAGUGGCAAGUCAUCUGUCGUCGCUCUGCUUGAACGAUUCUAUGAGCCGGAGUCUGGGUCGAUCCUUAUUGAUGGAGUGGACAUCAAAAACCUCCAGCUCAGGUGGUUGCGCCGUCAGAUUGGACUUGUAAGUCAAGAGCCAGUAUUGUUUGCCACGUCAAUCAUAGAUAACAUACUGUACGGAAGGGAUGGUGCAAGCAAGGCGGAAGUCGAGGCGGCAGCAAAAGGCGCACAUGCACAUAACUUCAUAAUGCAGUUCCCGAAGGGAUAUGACACGACGGUGGGAGAGAGGGGAGUGCAGAUGUCAGGAGGGCAAAAGCAGCGGAUUGCAAUUGCACGCGCAAUGCUGAAGAACCCGACUAUUCUCUUGCUUGACGAGGCAACGAGCGCGCUGGAUGCGGAAUCGGAACGGGUCGUGCAGGAGGCCCUCGAUGCCCUUAUGGUAGGGCGGUCUACAGUGGUUAUCGCACAUCGUCUGUCCACGAUACAGAGAUCUAAUAUGAUAGCAGUUGUUCAGGGGGGAGAAGUGGUGGAGACAGGAACCCAUGAGGAGUUGCUUGCAAGAGAGAAGUCUGGCACGUAUGCGAAGCUCAUCAAACUGCAGGUGGAGGGGAACAUAAUGGAACAAGAUGGAAGCGUGUUAGGCAGCAGCCAGCGGAGGGGCAGUAUCACUGUGCCUACACCAAGGAAUGAACCUGAGACAUCCCCUGCAACAGUGGUUGCUGCAGUUGUUCAGCCGUUGAGAAAUGCAAGUUUUUCAGUUAGUAUGGCAGGCAAUUAUAGCGGAGACAUAGAGGGCACAGGUGCACCAUCCUUCUGUCGGCUGCUUAAGCUGAACAGACGGGAGUGGCAUUGGGGUUUGCUUGGCAUGAUUGCUGCCUCUGUGUGUGGGGCCUUCCAACCUGGAUUUUCCUUGAUCCUAUCAUCAGUCAUCUCGAAGUACUUCAACCCGGAUACAGAUGAAAUGCAAAAGGAAGUUCGCCGAUACUGCCUGAUUUUCUUGGGCUUUGCUGCCAUGUCUACAUUUGCUUAUGGAUUCAACUUCGGUUCUUUCAGCGUAGCUGGUGAGCGGCUUGUGAAGCGAGUGAGGGAGAAGUGUUUCAAGGCCCUCCUCACGCAGGAGGUCGGAUGGUUUGACAGAGACGAUAACAGCAGUGCAUCGAUUGCUGCACGAUUGGAGGUUGACGCCACUGUCGUGAAGUCGGCGGUGGCUGAGCGCAUCUCUGUUCUCGUGCAGUGCCUUGCACUCGUCGUGAUUUCCAUCGUGAUAGGACUCUUGAUGACCUGGAAAAUGACACUUGUGAUGCUGGCGACGAUGCCCCUUGUUUUGUCUGGUUCUGUUGGUCAGAACUUGAUGAUGAAGGGCUUCGCUGGAAAUCUGGUGAAAGCCUAUGAGAGGGCGAGCGCGAUUGCCGGUGAGGCAGUAGCUAAUAUCCGGACGGUGCAGGCAUUCUGUGCCGAGGAGAAGGUUGUGAGCCUCUUCGCGAAGGAGGUGGACAUUCCUAUGCGGAACAGCUUUCGAAGGGGUCAGAUGGCUGGCUUGGUCUUCGGGAUUUCCCAGAUGCUUCUGUAUGCGUCCUUCGCACUCGUUUUGUGGUACGGCAUGACUCUUGUGCGGGACAGAGAGACGGACUUCGGCAAAAUGUUCAAGACGUUCAUGGUCCUCGUUGUGGCGUCCUUUGGGAUCAGCGAGGCGUUGACCUUGGCGCCGGACAUCUUACGAGGGAGUCAAGUGCUGGCCUCGGUGUUCGGGAUAAUGGACCGCAAGACUUUGAUUGAUGCAGAUGAUAAGAAAGGCGCCGUUUUGAAUGCAAUGCAGGGUGCAAUAGAGAUGAGGAAGGUAAAGUUUUCUUACCCCUCGAGACCCAUGGUAAUGGUCCUCCAAGACAUGAGCUUGGAGGUCAAACCGGGACAAAAGGUCGCUCUUGUGGGAGCAAGUGGCAGCGGAAAGUCGUCCGUCAUUGGCUUGAUUGAGAGAUUCUAUGAUCCGACAUCAGGCGAGGUGCUGAUCGACGGCCACGACAUUCGGGCAUUGAAUCUUCGAUGGGUCCGGCGACAUAUCGGUUUGGUGAGUCAAGAGCCCAUGCUGUUUGGAAUGAGCAUCAAGGACAACAUUAUGUAUGGAAAGGAACUGGCUAUGGAGGAUGAAAUAGUGCAGGCGGCGAAGAGGGCUAAUGCACACAGUUUCAUAAACGCAUUGCCUAGGGGCUAUGAUACACAAGUCGGAGAGGCAGGAGUGCAAAUGUCAGGCGGUCAGAAGCAGCGAAUCGCCAUCGCGAGAGCUGUGCUCAAGAACCCCAUUGUGUUGCUUCUUGACGAGGCCACAUCUGCACUCGAUGCCGCAUCGGAGCGGCUUGUGCAAGAGGCUCUAGAUCAGUUGAUGGUCGGAAGAACUACUAUCAUAGUCGCUCAUCGUCUAUCAACGAUUCGAGAUGCAGACGUUAUCAUAGUCAUGCAUCAGGGCCUCCUUGUCGAGCAAGGAAACCAUAAGGAGCUCAUGGCAAAGAAGGGAGGAGCGUAUGCGUCAUUGGUGUCCCUGCAGCAAGGGGACAGUAAAUCAUUAGCAUGAGCAUGCUGAACUUAUAACCGAGGGGAUCCCGGGCGAGGGCGGGGAAGUGGGGGGGGGAAGGGGAGAGGGGGAGAGCUGGAAGGGGCGGAACGCUUUCUUUUUCUUCUCUGGAUUUGUUGUUCUGUGUCAUUCAUUUUCUAUGCGUGCUUUAGUAAACUGUAGCAUUACGUCAAUUGUACAUUUUUUACUUAUAUUUCUUCUGUGCAUUGAGACGAUUUAAGGUUUGGUAUGUAAUCUACUAGUUUUCGAUUGCUCUCCUGUUUCCUUCCCUCCUUUACGGAUGUACCAUGCACAGAAUCAAAUGUGUUAGCAUGA